GAUUUGACGACGCUGUCAACGAUUGAUCCACUCAGCCUCCGUCCGUCAACGUCGGACAUCUUUCGCGUACUCAGUUGACCAUUCGACCAUUCUCAUAUCCCCCUGCUUCAUACUACACUUUCGACACGUGGAAAGAUUCAUCCUCCUGCCAUGUCCCACCCUUGUCCAUGUCGUCCUCCAUCUACUCUGGUGUAGGGAAAGGAUAUCAACGAUAGGGUGGACUCUCAACCUGCGGUCGUCCGUGAUUUGUCUUCUGGACACUCAGCUUGGAGGCGCGAGUAAGAUGUACGACACAUGCGAGCAGCCGAGCCGACCACUCCCGAUCAGCCCUCACACGGCUGCGGGCGCGAAAGCCGCAGGAUCGAGAAGGGUGGAGGCCGGAACGGAGGUGGCCACAGGCACAGGUACAAGCACGGGCAUAGCAGCCAAGAAGGGCAAGAUGGUCCCUUCGCCUUCGACGUGGGGUAGCAUGUUGUUCAAACGAGGGAGCGCCGGAGAGCUGGAGCUCCCCCUGCCGGUGCAAGCGCAGAUGCCAACGCUGCAGGUCGAGCCUGCAUCUGCCGGCUCGUCGCAAAUACGCACUCGAUCACGGUCGCGGUCAAGAUCCAAGUCUGGAGGGCGAGACGAGAAACAACACAAUUCUGGCGACGACUGGCAGCCUGCUGCUAGUCGCUCGUCCGGCGGGCCCGCCAGUCUGAACAGACAUGCGACCAGUCGCCGAAGCAGCCUCGACGCGCCAACUGUUUUCACGAAUGGCAACAGCCAUGGCCCGCCCGUCAGGCCCGCCAAGAGUACAAACGCUACGCACGUCGAUGAGCUGCUCCUGCGGCCCACUGCGCCGGAGGGGGAGAGGGAACCAAGUUCCUCCAAGUGGAGCCUCGGUUCCUCGGCGUCCGCCACGUUCAUCGCUUCAUCCCCAAAGCGGAUGACAUCUCAGUUACCAGCGCACCCGCCCUCUUCAACAGCAGCAGCUGCUGCAACGGCACCGGGCAGCAGCAACAGCUUGAUGUCGCCCCCCAAACCUCACACACUCUUGCAUGAGAGCACAAGCCUCGUCACAGCGCCCGCAGCGCCGUACCCGUACCCGGAUCCACCUAAAGGUAAAGGAGACGAGGAUCUCGUGCUCGACUUGGACGGCUUGGAUCUCGGACCUUACGGACUGGAUCAGGGCCUCUCGCAGAGCUCCUGGCGCUCCUCUGCAUCCACAUCAGCCGCCACUGCACCAGGCGUCGCGCCGCCCGCGGCUGCGAGGAGCAAGAGGAAUAUGUUUGGCUUGAGCAGCAGCAGCAGCGUCAGCUCGCAAGGUGGCGCUGAAAGGGAGAAGGAGCGGGGAAGGGCGAGACAGACGGCGCUCUUUGGGGCGCAGCAGCUUCAGACGCCUCAUGCCAUGGGCGAAGACAGCUUCACCCAGCAUUUGCGCGACCAGUGUCCGACAUCCAGGGAUUUUUUUACUCCGGCUGGCAUGUUGCGGCUCGGGCCUGGAGGAAGUGGCGAUGCCAUCGCGCUCAGCAGUGGAGUAUUAAUAGGAGCGGGAACACGUGCAGGCGGUGAUGGGCCGGUUUCCACCCUGUCGGAACCGGUCCUCGGCGGUUUCGCUAGCCUAGGUAUCAGCGAUCCGGACAUCGAAACGGACGCGCUCAUGUAUGCGCGUGAGGCUAGUUUGAUCCAACCCCAACUCCGGCAGCGUUGCUUGGAAGGGCAGAUCCUCGGUACGAAGGAGCUCGAGCUACAAGGAGAAGCCGGUGGCCGAAGCGUUGGCGAUGCCGAUGGGCUGCAGGUCAAUGGGAUAGGUACCUUCCAAGCAACCGCCGCGGAGAAGGAUCGCUCUUGCCGUCCUUCGAUAGCACCGAGCCCGUGGGGGUUCCUCCAACCCAAGACAAGCAACCCGAUAGAGACGCUCGACAUCCUGUCGAUCGAAGACAUGGGCCUGCAUUCGAUCGAUGUCGGCAGCGCCGAGGACUGGCAAGGGUGCGUGCUGCAGAACAGUUCACCCGCGCGCAACGCCGGCAGCUGGGCCGUGGCGCGGCACAUGAAGGCUCGGCAGCAGAAGUGGAUCGUUGCCCCCUCGUGCGCGCAUCAGCAGAAGCAGCCGGUUGCGGACCAAGAACGCCUGCAGGAAGGCGAGUGCGAUUGCGGAGGCGACUGCCUGUCGCGCACCGUCAUCGUCUCGACCCAAAAGUGUGGAGCAGGCGACGAUCUCAACUUCCGCAACGGCAGCAAUGACACCGCGACAACUUCAGAUCAAGCAUCCGCAGCGAUGGGGGAGCAUCAUAGGUCUACAUUCUCGGGACAGCAUACGUUCGAGCUGCGACUACUCAGCUCGUUGUUCACGGAUCCGAGCCAGUUCUUUGUGCUCUCCUUCGCCGACGUGCCUGCGGCCCCCGAUGUGGGCGCGAUGCUAUCUUCGGACGGAUACAGCCUGCGAAUGAGCCCCAGCGCCGGCGGCAAGUCGGUCAAGGCACAAGUAGCAAGUGUGGACUUUCUCGCCCCCGCCAUUUUUACGCCCCACCAAGAGUUGCCAGACGCUGGUUCAGCACGCUCAUCGAACACCGUCAUGCGCGACCCUGAAAGCCGCCGGCCAUCGCUCGGCAAGAGUGUCAGUCAUGAGAGCGUUGGCGUGACGCCGCGUGCAACGGGCAUCGGUAUCGGCGGUGCGAGUAGUCUAGCGGCACAUGCAAUCGCCGCUCGUUCGAGCCUUCCCAACACGCCCUUGCAGAAGCCUAUGCGCAUGACCGGUCCAUCCCCGCUGCCACCACCGCUGCCUGGCAAUACGGACUCGAGCGAUACAGCACCGACGUCAGCUUCACUGGAAUGCUAUGCUUUCCCUGAGAGCUUGAGUCGACCAUCAACCCUGAUCCCCGACCUCGUCUCGCCCAACGUGUCGCCGCGGAUACCGCCCAGCCCGGUGCUGAGCAGCUCGAUCGGAUCCUCGGACGCGUCGCCGAAAGGCGGGCAAAAGCCUCUGCCAGAGCCUUUCUCGCCGCGACGUCGCACGAUAUCGCUCCUCCGCGAGCAGCAGUCGGAUCUAUCGCGCGAAGUACGGCUACGUGAAUAUUCCAAUGCGACGGCAGAGUCCAGCUCGCAAGAGGAAUCUGUCCAGACGCAUCCUUCUGUGCAAUCUCGAACGACUCUCUCGGAUCUCCAGUGGAGCAUGGGAUCGCCGGUGCCGUCUACGGCCACAAGCUUGUAUCGCGACAUAUUCGGCCUAGGCUCCUUCAGUACAACGCACUUGCCUGUUAAGAAGGGCAAAAGGGAGGCAAAAUUCAAGAUGUGGUUCAAGCGCAGGAUCCUCCUUGGCGAAGAUGGUGGAUGGCCGCCUUGCUGACAAUGCACGACUAGAUUCCGGUCUAUCAGAUUACCACUCGCAGAGCGGACGGAGAGGGGAUGGCGAGAUGUCCACUUUUGGUCGACAAGGCGCUAUAGAAAGUGCAAGGAAAGGUGAUUGGUCAGCAGCAGCUACGGCCUCGUCAAAGUCGAUGGACGAUCUGGCACUACUGUUGGCUAGUCAAAGAGGGAUCGUCUCUCCACUGCGUCAGCAGCCUCUGCGCAUGGUGCCAGCGUCUACAGUCCCGCCGGCGGCGCAUGCUCCGUCAGCACGACACGGUCUGGACUUUGACGAUAUUCGCAAGUCUGUCUUCAAGAGCUGGGGCAUCCAGA